AUGGCUUCCAGAUCAGAGGAGGACCUCUGCUGCUCAAUCUGUCAGGAGGUCUUCAGAGAUCCUGUUGUUCUGCCAUGUAGCCACAGCUUCUGUAAGGUCUGUCUGAGGAACUGGUGGAGAGAGAAACCAAUGCAUGAGUGUCCUAUUUGCAAGAGAAGAUCUGCAGUGAAGGAUCCACCAGUUAGCCUGGUGCUGAAGAACCUCUGCGAGUCCUUCUUAGUGGAGAAACAUCAGAGAGCUUCAGAGGCUCUCUGCAGUCUGCACUCUGAGAAACUCAGACUCUUCUGUCUGGACCAACAGGAGCUUGUGUGUGGUAUCUGCAGAGAUUCAAAGAAACAUGCCAACCACAGAUUCAGACCCAUCAAUGAAGCUGCAGAAGAUCACAGAGCGGAUCUGCUAAGGUUCCAGAAACCAUUAAAGAAGAAACUGGAGCUCCAGAAGAAAGUUCUGUCUGAGUUUGAUGAGACAGCAGAGCACAUCAAGUUCCAGGCCCGACACACAGAGAGGCAGAUCAAGGAGCAGUUUCAGAAGUUCCACCAGUUUCUAACAGAGAAAGAGGAGGCCAUGCUGGCUGCACUGAGGGAGGAAGAGGAGCAGAAGAGUGGAAAGAUGAAGGAGAAGAUGGAGGCUCUGAUCAGAGAGAUAGCAGCUCUUUCAGACACGGUCCGAACCACAGAGGAGGAGCUGAGAGCUGAAGAUGUCUCCUUCCUGCACAGCUACAAGGCUGCAGUGGAAAGAGUCCAGCUCUGCCCCCUGCUGGAGGAUCCACAGCUGCAUUCAGAAGCUCUGAUAGAUCAGGCCAAACACCUGGGCAACCUGACCUUCAACAUCUGGAACAACAUGAAGGACAUGGUCUCCUACACCCCCACCAUUCUGGACCCGAACACUGCUGGUCUAAAGCUCAUCCUGUCUGAAGAUCUGACCAGCAUGAGACCAGGAGAGUAUCAGCAGCUUCCUGAUAAUCCUGAGAGGUUUGAUGAAUGGUAUUCGGUUCGAAGUUCAGAGGGUUUUAACUCAGGGAAUCACAGCUGGGUUGUUGAUGUUGGAGAGAGCGAAGUGUGGGAACUUGGUGUGUUAGCAAAGUCUGCUCAGAUUAAGGGAGACAUAAAGUCUCAAAUAUGGGGAUUAUGGUUCUACUGUGGUGAAUACUCAGCGGAGUCACCAGCAGCUCCUCUCAAAGUUCUCCCAGCUCAGAGGAAGCUCCAGAGGAUCAGAGUGAAUCUGGACUGGCACAGAGGAAAGCUCUCAUUUUCUGAUCCUAAUACAAAUACACACAUACACACCUUCACACACACUUUCACUGAGAAGGUGUUUCUUUUCAUUCACUCAAUGGAUCAACUAAGCAUACCACCCGUGAAGGUCUCUGUGGUCAAACAGCAGCUCUGAUGCUCUUUCUGCUGAAAACAAAGUUAAACCUUCUUGAUUAGUUUGAAACUCGAUGACCCGAAACAGGAAGUUGUAGAUGUAUUGAUCAGA